CUGAAAGUGAGACCUUCAAAGUGGUUUACAAGUUUGGUGGCGAUAGAUCAAACUACCUCAACAUUUUUUCGCUUGCAUUUACAAUAUAAAAAUGAAAAGUCGCUCAGUAAAAAAAUUGUACCUUAAAUUUUGAUUUAAAAACUUAACAGAAAUGCAGCACUCAGUAGCUUUUGGCAUCAUCUGCCUACAGAUUUUGUUUUGCGGCGCGUGCUUAGCUGGUUAUUUGGAGCAAAAGUAUCCGGCGUCAGUGGUGGAAGAUACCACCCUAGAUAUGGUUGGUUUGACUCGCAAAUACCACUAUCCCUUAGAGGCCCACUACGUCACCACUCAGGACAAAUAUAUUUUAUGUGUCUUUCGCUUACCACGUCCCAAGGCGCGUCCGGUCUUUCUUAUGCACGGCCUACUGGAUAGCUCGAUCACUUGGCUAUUGAGUGGACCUUGGAGUGCUUUGGGCUACUAUCUGUACGAUUUGGGCUAUGACGUCUGGAUGGGCAAUGCUCGUGGCAAUUUCUAUUCACGCAAUCACACCUAUUAUAAUGCCAAUGUUGAUAGAUCAUUUUGGCGUUUCAGCUGGCAUGAAAUUGGGAUGUAUGACUUACCAGCCAUGAUCGAUUAUAUUCUGCACGAGACAGGCUUUGUUAAAUUGGCAUAUUUCGGACACUCACAGGGCACCACAUCUUUCUUCGUAAUGACUUCCAUGCGUCCCGAAUAUAACGAAAAAAUCACCUUAAUGAGCGCUCUUGCACCGGUAGCCUAUAUGAAAAACCUCGAAGCGCCAUUAAUGUUCCUUUUACGAAAUUUCAUAGCCAUUUCGGGCAAUGCGAUCUACGAAUUUUUACCACGCACCGACUUAUGGAGAGCCUGCUUUCGCUCUAAAAUGACCGAAGACACUUGCUUUGAUUACGUAUAUCAAAUAGUGGGCAGAGAUCCCAAAAUGUGGAACGCAACAAUGGCGCCCGUUUACGUUGCUCAUCUUCCCAGUGGUUGUAAUCUCAAACAGGUCAAACACUAUAUACAACUCGUCGACUCCGGACGAUUCUGCCAGUACGAUUACGGGUCAGCUGAGAAUCAGAAGCGCUACAACAGCACAAAACCGAAGGAGUAUCCACUUAAGAAAAUCACUGUGCCCGUGGCGCUCUACUACACUUACAAUGACAAUCUUAGUAGUUACAAGGAUGUGAAACAGCUGGCAAAGGAGCUGCCAAAUGUGGUUGAAAAUUGUUUAUAUCCCAAUAAGAGAUGGAAUCAUAUGGCAAUUAUUUGGAGCGCAGAAGCUCGCGAAUUGGCACACAAUCACAUGGUUGAGGUGAUGAGGAAAUACGAGCCGCCCAUCAAUCAAACAGUAUAAAUACAUAUUUCUGUCUUACGCUGAACGCUACUUGUCUUUCGAUAGAACUAUAUGUGUGUGUGUGUGUGUAAUAUUAAUAUAUCAGUUUGGUGAUAAGGAAAUCCAUUAUUUUUGCGUAGAAUUUUUGAUAAAAACUGUUUUAUGAUCGAUUAUUAGCUAAAUAGGCGAUGCUACGACUACAAACCUGCCGUUCAACUUCGAUUAUUUCUGUGAUUUUGUCGACAUUUUCGACGGCGGGCUUGCGUGUGCGAGGUGCACCUUAAACACCAAAAAUCCCUGACCGGAAUCGAGCAAACUAAAAUUGCACGUAAUUAACUGUUCCAGUAUGGACAUCAUAAACACCUUUCACAAUUUCAGCUAAUCGAUUUUUUUAGUGCGAAAUGUCCCCUUGACAACGAGCAGAAACUUGAAAUUGUUUGAUCGAUACUUACAAGAUAUCAAUCACUAGCGCCAUCUACCCAGAAAAUAAUGGAUUUCUUUCGCCCCAAACUAAUACAUAUAUAUAUAUAAAUACUGUUGGAAAAUGUAAUAUCAUAGAAACAAAUAAUAAUAAAUAAAAAAUAAUUGGUCAA